GGCAAAUUAAAAGUUUCUCCGCAAAUGCUCUUGCGAUUGUCACCAUUAACAUAGAAUGUGUUCGACUGGAGUAUUUGCUCUCUGUUUUCCGGCUAAAUUUCAUCAUCGCCGGGAAAAAGCACAAACUUUUACUCCGACCCACUUCCGUAAUCCAAAUGGGCUUCCAUUUCGGUGGAGAAAUUCGCGAGCUUUCGCUCCCAAUCUCUCCCAAUCCGUCAAUUUCGCUUCGCCCUUUUCACAUCCCCCUCUUAUACGCUCUUCGACGUCUCUUUCAUCCAAGGAUUUCGUCCAGAUUUUGGCGAGAAAAGCCGCGUUUUUACUUGUUGGGUGGUUUGUCUUUCUAGGGCUCUCUUCUUCGAAACCUGCUUUAGCGCUACCCGCUGCAACUGUGAGCUCUCAAUCGGAGUUAGAGGACGAAACAAUGUUCGAGAAGCUUCUGGAAAGUGAGCCAGAGAACAUGGAGGCAAUGAAGGCUGUUUUGUAUAAGAAGAUGAGGAGAGGGAAAACUGAAGAUGCUGUGAAGUAUGUUGAGAAGUUAAUGAAGUUAGAGCCUCGUGAAGUUGAGUGGAAGCUGCUAGAAGCGCUUUGUUAUGAGACGAUGGGACAGUUGAGCAAGGCUAAGAGAUUGUAUAAGGAUAUUCUCAAAGAAAACCCUCUUUUGAUCAGAGCUUUGCACGGUCUUGCUAUGGUCAUGCACAAGACUCAUGACUCCUCUGUCUUUGAUAUGCUCAAGGAAGCUAUGGAAGUUGCUCGACUAGGCAACCGAGUAACCGAGGAGAGAAACAUUCAAGUCUUGAUCGGCCAAAUGCAUAUUGUGAAGGGUCAAUUUGAAGAAGGGCUAAAGGUAUUUCAACAGAUGGUAAAUGAUAACCCUCGAGAUUUUCGACCUUACCUUUGCCAGGGCAUAGUAUAUAGCUUAAUGGAUAGAAAAGAGGAAGCAGCUCAACAAUUUGAGGUCUAUUGGAGUCUUGUCCCUGAAGAAUUCCCGCAAAAGGGAUUUCUUGACGAUGUUGCGUUGGCUGCUCAAUCCAAAACCCGAGAGCGCCUCCAAAAUGCAUUCAAAGCUAAAUUUACUCGUGGGAAAUAGGUCACGGAUAGAUAGUUUUUCGAGAUCUUCUCAAUGCUUCAUUCAUCAGUUAAAAUUUUGUUCGUGGGAGUAACAUGGCAUUUGCUUAUAAGGAAUAUUCGGGUGUGAAAUGUUAACAUGUGUUGGUCUAAAGACAAAACCGCUCUUAAAGCAGGCAGAGUCCGUGGCUGCGUUUGGAAUCUCAAAGAAGCCGUUUUUUUUUUGUUUUUUCUGCAAUUGGAUAGCGAUUACUUGCAGCUUUAGAGUAGACAUGAAAGGUAGUAACUUUCUUUGUUAUCUGUAAAAAACUUUUGGUGCUGUUUCAGUUUAGGUAUUUGUUCUCGUACAUCUCUUCCA